ACAUAAGGGCGAGAUGAAACGAGUAACGUUGUUGUUGGUGUCAGCCAGACGAUACUUUCCACUCUGCCUGACCGCUUGACGUCAGAACUUGGCCCCGCCGACGUGAAUUGCGCCCCUGUUUCUUUUUUCCCCCUCAAAAGUUGUUUUUUUCCACCGUUGGACGACGAAUCGUUGAUUCGUCUGUUUUCAAUCGAGUGCCAGAAGAGUGUAAGAAUAGAUACCAACCGUUCGUCGAGUGAUUAAGUGGGACGCGAGCCACGACGACGUUUUCUCUCGAAAGGAAAAAAAAAAAAAGACGUUCCCGAGGCCACACAGACGUGUGUGUGUGUUGCAGAGAAUCGUGAAGUACGGCGGGACUGCCUCAGGUAUUUUCGGGUCCCGCGCGUACUAUAGUGAGUGUUAACCUUGGAGUACCCAUUACGCCCGUCAGAGCCAGAGGGCGUGAGUUUUUGAGAGUGUCUCUCUCUUUUUUCUGUGCCUACUACAUUGAGUGGCUGUUGUGUGAGUUGUUUUGUGUCUCUUUCACCUUGAAAGCGUGAAAAGGAGAACAGAAUUUACCUUGGGACCGCAGCAGCCUUCAGAAGUUUGAGCGAAGUUUAGUGAUCUGUGUGCACCACCACAACAUCCCUGGGAAAAGGUCCUGGAUGGAGACCGAAACUCUGGCACCACUUUUCUGGCGGAGAUGAGUGAGGGAGCCAGCAACAAUCUGGGUGGUUGUGAUCAAGUUGUGGAGGGAUGGCGGGCCCCAGCCCUGGCUCGCUAGUCAGCUCUGGCCAGAAUGGCUCGCUGCACAAUGUCCUCUUCUACCUGCCUCAAAACGGCAAUGGCAAUCAAUUUGCCAAUGAGGCCUGUCACAACCAGCACGGUGGCACCCUCAACCACCUCUCCUACAUGCAGACAUCUCACAACAGGUACAGGCCUGAUCCCGGUCUGAACAAGGUGCACUGCUUUCCGUCAGACAAUCCCUACUCCUGUGAUAGGGACACAAAUGGUUCCUACUGGUCGUACCAGCAGCAGCAGUGGAAUCAGUGGAACCAGAAUGACUACAAUCAUUCGGAAAGUUUGGGUUUCAAAUCCUGCUGGAUGCAGCAGCAGCAACAACAACAGCAACAGCAGCAGCCCGUGCAGCAGAGGCAAACAAUGCAAAAUAACAAUCCCAGCUGCAUGGCUUUCAAUCCUCAGUACAACCACAUGCAUCAACAACAACAACUGCAGCAGCAACAACAGCAGCAGCAGAUGCAGCCACAACAAAUGCAGCAGCAACAUUUGCUGCAGCAGACGGCGUACCGGAAUAACGUCGUGGCGACUGUCACCGUCCAGUCGAGUGCUGGUUCAUCACAAUCGUCACUUUCCCGGACGCCGUCACGUUGUGAUUCGGUCCGGUCAGAGUCGACAUGUGAGUCUCAUUGUAGCAGCAGUUUGAGUGGUGGAAGUAGCGCCGGAAUCGACGACAUGACUGGCCAACAGCAAUACGGAAUGUAUCAGAACUUUUCGUCUCCGGUCGAGCCACAACAACAGCUCCAGCAGCAGCAGGAAUUGUAUUCGCAACCACAUCUCCAUCAGCACCAGGAACACGUCCAACAGCAAUUACAGCAGCAGCAACAACAACAGUGUUUCUGGCCGUCUAGUCAUUACGAUGUGCAACAACAAGAGCAACAGCAAAUGGAUUACUUUCGUCAACAACAGCAAAUGCAACAACAACAGCAGCAGCAGCAGCAUUAUUAUCGCCAGCACCAAGUGAUUCAACAGCAACAACAAUUGCAACAACAGCAGCAAGUGAAUUGUUAUUGGCCUCGUGAAUCAUCGCCAGCCAUUCAUCAACAGCAGCAACAACAACAACACAGACAGUUCACCUGUGUCAACCCGGUGGCGGAUCACCACCCGAUUGUCAUCGAAACCCCUGCAUGUUCCUCGAGUCCGAUCGUGGCGGACACAACAACAUCCAUGAUAUCAUCCUCUCCGCUUCCAGUGACGUCAUCAUCCUCAUCACCACCUGUGACGUCCAAUUAUAAUCAUCCGACUACUCCGGAUGAAUCGAUGGAAUGUUCAACUCCUCUGGCCGACGCUCCCGUCGCCAACGACGAUCCACCUGCUACGACAACAGCCGAAACAACAACGUCAACCGAGGCGGACGAGAGUAUGGAAUCAUCUUCUUCCGAGAUUCCCACGCCAACAACAACAACAUCAGUAGCACCAACAGCAGCAGCAGCUGAUGAUGCCAAUUCAAAUGCUAAUGUGAAUUCAUCAUCGAUAACCAUAGUGAACAUUACAACAACGACCAGCGUACCCACCGGUUGGACCCGUGAAAUAUCCGCCGGAAAUGUAAUCUACAUCAGUCCGAGUGGCUGCCGAUUGUCGUCGCUGGAGGACGCAGCCAACUACGUCCAGCGCGACGGAACCUGCAAGUGCGGACUGCCUUGUCCGCUCCGACUUCAGCACGUCUUUAAUUUCGAUCCGUCGGUGGCGUGCAAAGCCGAGACGUCACUGGACGCCCAGUCAUCGACCUGCUGCCACAAACAGUCGCGAGAUGUCAGCACGGACAAGGCGGCCCAGGCGACCACAGCGGCGGGAGCGGCGACGGUGACGACGACGGACAAGGCGGCGAAAUCAUCGGCCGUCAAACGGAAAAAGAGCGGAAAUGCAAUGAAUAACAAGUCGGGCAAGACCACCAAGACUCUUCCGGUUGUCCAGCCACAACAACAACAACAGCCACCCGCUCAGCAGUCUCAACAACAACAACAACCUUUGCUCUUUCGACGUUCUCCGUGUCCCAAUGUGGACGUCAGGCAAAUUCCGUUGGAGCAGAAUCGGCCGCCGGCCGGCAGCCUCUUGCCGCAGGCUCGUUCCACUCAGCCGUCAACAACAACUGGCAACGGACCGACGUUUUUCGACGAUCCCAACGCCUAUUUGGCCCAGCAAACGGUCCUGUUGCAAAGUAGUUUGCAGAAUGGCGGAAACAAUUCGGUCCCUACGCCGCCACCUCCGUCGGAACCGCUUCCGGCCGCACCUGCACCACCGUCAGCUUCAACGACGACGACAGAAACGGCCGAAGCGGAGCAGACGCAAGAAGAAUUGCUGGGCGAUUUACUCGACUGCAUCCCCGACUCGAUGGAGGAAGUUCUCGACAGACAAAAGGACGUGGCGGCCGCUGCGGAAGCUGCCGCUCAGGCCGAAAAGGCGGCCAAUCUCAUCAAACAAGCGGCUGCCGCUGCAGCCGCAGCCACGGCCCGUCAGCAACAGCAGGCUGUCCAGCAACAACAACAGCAGCAACAACAACAGCAGCAGCCGCCCAGCAAGACGCAAAAAUUACCUUCUGUGCCCGUUUCUUUGGCUCCAGCUCCGGCGGCAGUCAGAAGUAAACCUCCGCCAUUGGCCAUCCGACCGGCCACGCCCGCUUCGGCUGCCCGGUCACGAGCCAGAGCCGCCGAAGCGUCGUCCAAGAGCACCAAGUCAAGAUCACCCCGGAGGACUCACCACCAGCCCAUCCAGAUUCAGAGCAACGCCAAAGUCCUCCAGCCGGCCCAGAUGCCUCAACAACAGCAACAACAGCAAUUGCAGCAACAACAUCAGCAGCAGUUUAUCCACCAACAGCAGCAGCAUCAAUUCUGGCCGGCCCUGUCGACGCCAAACAUCGGACCUUUGCGGACGGCCUCAUUUCCUUUCGUUUCUUAUCAUUCGGCCGUCGCUCCGGCGCCGGCCACAGCCACCCCGAUCUUCUCGACGGCGGCCCUGAGGCCGGGCAACCUCCCCAUGACUUUCCUGACGUCUGCAGCCGCCCAUCCGGGCAAUCAAGCCCAUGCGACCAACGUUUUCAAUCAGGGAUUGCCGGUGCUGACGACCCGACAGGCCCUAGGGCCGUCCGGUCAAGUGGUCCACGUCCUGACGACUCCCGGCCCCAUGUUGGCCGCCGCUCCGAUGGCUGCCGAACCUUCCAACGCUGUUCCUAUCCUGACUGUCGGCCCGAUGAACACCGGACCUCACCCGAACAACAUGGGCAACAACAACAACAACAGCCGGGGACUGACGCGGACGGGCAAGAAGAGGAAAUCAACUCCUCAAACUGUGGCGUCCAUUUUGCAGCAAGGCGCCCAGCUGGCGGCCAUGACUCAGCAGCAGCAACAACAUCAACAACUGCACCAACCUCAGCAGCAGCAACAACAUCACCACCAGGCGACGACUCUGACGCUGUCGCAGGAGCCGCUGGUCUACAACGUUCAGAAUUUCCAGCAGAUCCAGCCGCAGCAGACGAUUCAAACGUUGGCGCUGAUGCCGGACGGUAAGACUUAUGUUGUUGUCAAUUCACAGCCGGCCCCGGCUCCCCAGCCGACGCAUCAGCAGAAUACUGGCGGCCAUUGGUUGUUGAGUCCUCGCCCUGCCAACAUCGCCCCGGCCGGACAGCCCGUCAACGUCUUUUGCACGACCCAGACGGGCCCUGGAGGUGGAACGACGUUCGUUUUGAACGGGGCCAGCGCUCCGACCCACCAGGUCCUUCAACUCCAGGACGGAACGUUAGUCCAGACGACGACGGAUCAGUCGAAUUUGCUGGCCAAUUACGGCGGAUUGUUCAUCCGCUGUCCGACCACGCCUACCGGUGCCCAGAUCUUCAGCACCACCAGUCCAGCGGCCAACGUUCGAACGCUUCCCCUGCCGAUUCCCAUCGCACCCGGCCGCUCUCCCGGCCGUUCUCCGGACUCCAGCAGCAUCCUGGCGGAUGGAGCCAUGGUGACUUCUUCGUCGACCACCAACACGGGAUCGCUGGUGGCUUGCGGCGAAGCCACUCCGCCUUCGCAAGCAUCAUCCGUUUCUUCCGCUUCCCUGGCCGUCCGGACGGCUCAUCCAUCGCCCGUCGUUCAAAGCAGUCAAAUAGAUAGUUGCGUCCAGGAAGUCGAAACGGAACAGCAACAGCAGAUCCUUCAAGCCAACGCCAAACUUGUCAAGAAGUCGGCCGAAUUCAACAACAACAACAACAACAACACUACAGCCACAACGUUGACUACGACCACUGUCCAGCACUGGCUGAAACCUGAAAUCAUCACCAAUGCAUCACAAAUCGUUGCCGGUUGAAAUGUUGACACAAAAACGAAAAUCAGGUUUUUAAAUUUUUUUCUUUCAAUUAUUCAUCACAUCGCGAGAAACUUUGAACGGCAAGUUUCAGAUUUUCACGACAUUUUGACAUAAUAAGGAAAGAAGUGGGUUAUUUUAAGGGUUGUGCUUUUUAUUUUUGACAUUUGCUUGCUUUUUAUAUAUAUAUAAAUAUUGAAUUUCCCCUGUCGUUAGUUUUUUGUUCCUGGUGGUGUGUCGUUGCGAAAUGGAACUUUUUUUUUCAAGUUCUUUCAUUCGAAAAUAUUCUGAUUUUCAUCGAAAAAUCAUCUCUCUGGUGACGAAACAUUUGGGGGAGGGAAAUUUAGGAAUUGGUAAACUCAUCAAAGACACACCAUCAAAUAUUAUACAUACAUCACAUACAGUAAUAUUAUAUACAUAUUAUAAAUUAUGUACAUAUUGCAGGAAAAAAACAAAACAAUAUUUUCUCUUCUUCUUUUCUCUGUCUCUAUUUUCAUUCUCUUCCCGGUGCGCUGAUGGGUUAAAUCUCAGAAUUAGAAAAUCAUAAUUUCUACAAAAUGAAUAACAAAACUAUUUCGUAUAUGAAAAUAUAUACCAGUACCUUAUACAUAUAUAUAAAAAGAAAAACACGUUUGUUUUUAGCUUGUUAUAUUUCUCGAGCCAAUCAUCAGCUUCUGAUUAGUACUCUUUCUCUCUCUCUAUUCUUCUCUUCCUCCUCCCAGUUGCAUUUAAAAAAUGACUAGUUAAUAUUAAUAUUUAGUUUUGUAUAUUCAUUAUUACAUCACACGUAUAGAACUAUACAGUACACCGCCGUUUGUUGUUGAAUCAAUAUUUCUUUUCUUGGUUAAUAUCUCGGGGACGCGCUCCUUUUUAUUUUUAAAUUUCUCCUUUCCUUCAUUUGCCUCUGUGUGUUAUACAUAUGCAUAUAAUAACUAUUAAAAAUAUCGCGCGUAAUUUGUUUCAUUUUUGUGAGAAAAAUUGUUGGUUCAAUUUUUUUUGUUCUGGGAAAAAUUUAAUUUUUUCGGAAUUGUUUCAACCCACACAAUUGAGGAAACGAAAUCAAGGGGAAAAAAAACCAGUAUACAUAAUUAAUAACGUUUUUAAUUAUCAUGAAAUCAAUCUUUCUACUCUUUCUUCAUGGCUUUCGAUGUUUUGCCACGUGAUGUAAUUCAUUAACUAUCAGCGUGUGUGUGUGUGUGUAAUCUCCAAUUUUGUGUUUUGAGUGUGAAUUUGUAAGAAAAAUUUCAAAAAAAAAACCUGUUGUACUAAAAAAAAUAUUAUAUAUUCAUCAGCUGACUGUGGGCUAGCUUUAAAAAAAUAUAUAUAAAAACUUUAAAAAAAAAAUUGUUACAAACAAAACUGAUGUACCAGAGCGUUCGUGUUCCUUUUGUUUUCUAAAAAAAAAAUUGUAGUUUUUCAACAACAAGAAAAAACCGGUUCUCUCAUCACACACACACACACACAAAAUCUGCUUUUUUUAUUUUUUUUAUUCUUCUCCAAAAAUCUCGUGUGAAAAUUUAAAAAAUGACUUUUUUUUUAUUUGGGAAAGAGGAAAAUGAUUUUGAUUGUUCACGAUUUAACCCUCUCUCCUUAUCCUCCUCCUAUAUAUAGAACUGUUUAAAUUUUUUUUCUAUUGUAUUUUUUACCGGGGUGAUGAUAUAUGAUGUUCGUCUGGUUGAUAUACCAAUACAAAACAAAAAAAGUUGUUUGACAGAAAAUUAAAACAAAAAAGAAAACUUGUUUUUAUUGAUUCAAUUAAAAAAAUUUAGAGGCUCCACAGAAAUGAGAUUUGGCCGAGGGCUGAAUUUCUCCCACCCUGCUAUUUUUAAUCAUUUAUCGGCUGCUAUAAAGAGAGAUAGGUGAAAAGGUGCACACAUCGUGACAAGUUGUUGUGCAGGUGAUCAUGUCGCUUUACCUCAUCCUGGCAGCCUGCUGGUUGUUGCUAUCACAUCUCCAAGGAUUGUCGUCGAAGGAAUCCUGUUUGGGUGGCCGAUCGCUGCGAGGAUUGAUUGAAUUACCAUCCCGGCAUUACAAUCACGACAGCAACAAUAUUACCACAGUUUCGUGUUGCGACGACCCAGUCGUCUGUCAUGGCGGAUUGGCCCUGAGAAAUGAACAAGUCGAGGCUUCGUUGAUUAUCAACCAGCAGCCCCUUGGCCAUUUCGACCUUCAACACCAAUACGCCCAGCAACUUGUUCAAUCGAACGACCGUGAUGCAGCAGCAGCAGCUCUGCAGCAACGCCAUAAAAGAUCUAUUAUUAAUGGCGGACGCUGCGCUGGAAAUAAAAUGGCGUGUCUGCCCAUUCAAGUUCGUUGCUGCCCUGCCAACAUGUCCGUAUUUUUCCCCAUUUCAGCUAUUUCGGCCUUGACGGGGGAGCGAGUCCACGUGAUUCAACUGCCGCCAUUAAUUUUGCAGCCCGUAAUUUAUGGCCGUUGUGAAACAGAGCAGAGCUCCAUUUUCGACGCCGAAUGCCAACAGGAAUCGACACCGGAAAUGAUGCACGUCGGUCGAGUCGAUCCCGAAACUAGCGACUUGGAAUUGUCCAGAGAACCGGUCAUGGUGGAAAGUGGCUGCUCGUGUCGCUUCAAUCGCCAGCCUCUUGACAUUAUCGAUGGCAUAGUCAUGGACGAAACGAUGACUUCAUUCAUAGAUCUCUGGAGCGACUGAAUUAUAAUUUUGAACUUUCACGUUUUUUGUUGUUUGUCGUUUAUUAUUGGGGAUAGAGAGAAAAUAGACUAUUUUGUUAUGUUUCCGA